UUGUGCGAUAAUAUUCGGAAGGAAGUGGUCAAACAAAACCGCAAUCAGCAUCUUUGAAAGAUUGAGGUACGCAACGUUAGUUGUUAUGUACAUUUUACGGCGUACGAUCAAAAAUUUUAGUUGUAAGCAAAUCAAUAUACAUAGUGUUAAUUGAAAGAAAGAGACCAUGCCCUUUUACAAAAAAACGUAUCAGAUCAACAAUCGGGAAGAAGGCAAGGUCGCUCAACGUGAUCAAUCAUACAGAAAUUGUCUCAUCACCUUGCUCAUCUUCUUUUUUAUGUGCCUUAUUCUUAUUAUCGCUUGCAUACCCUGGAAAACGCGAAGUUACAGAGAAUACAAGAAUGAAUACACUGAAUAUGAGCCACAGCAUCAUUAUGAAGAACGCACAGAAGAGGCAAUACCGAUUUCAAUCAUGACAGAUCUAUCAAUGAAUCCACGACUCCCGACUUCGAUGACUCCAGAAACAACCACUACAUCCACUACGAACGCAGAGAUAGCAGAAUCAACAAAAAAUGUCGAUGUCAUUACUGAAAAAUAUUCGAAAAAGAACAUUAAAGGAUUUCAUCAUUUCGAACGUUAUUCUGAAAAUAGCACAACCGAGGAUGAUGUAGUUACGUCUUCUGUGACUGUAUCUGAAAAAGAAACUGAAAAUUUUUCUACGAUGAAAAAAAUUGUUAAUUAUACAGAAACUACAGAAGAAGACAUUGAUGUAGUUACUUUAUCAAAUGAUAUUGUAACUAAUACUAUCGAUACAGCUUCAACAUUGCCAAAUGAACCAAUUGUUAGCGACGCUACGUUAAAUUACAAUGUUACAAUUGUCGAUAUUAUAGAGGAUGUUGCAUCUUCGAAAUCUGAUGAAUCUACGACUGAUAGAUAUUCUUCCUCUAUGUAUUACAGCACAGAGGAAUCAAAAGCUGAUAAUACAACUGAUAAUAUUUCAACAUUAUCAUCUCAAUUAAACGAAGGAUUAUAUGAAAAUUUAUAUGACGAAUUAUAUCAAGGAUUUAAAGAAUAUGCUACCGAAAAUUCCACUAAUAAAUAUGAGAGAUUGGAAGCUGCUAUUGUAAGUAAUAUCACAACACCGAGUUUUCCGACCGAUUCUGAUAGUAGUACGAGUACUAAAUAUUUUUCCGAUCCGUAUAAUUAUUUUGAUAAAUCACAGUCCAAUGUAGCAAUAAACAAUAUAAUCAUUUCAACGUCGUCGACUCAAUCAGAUCUUGAAGAAGCUGAAAAUAUUAAAUAUUCAACAACAGAUUUAAAUUAUAAAGAAUCUACAACCAAUCUAGAGUAUAGUCCGGCAUUAAUUAAUGAAAAUGUAACGAGAGAGAAUUCUUCAGCUAGAGAUGAGAGGUCCUCAGCAACUACAAAAAUCGGAAACGAAGCUGAAGACAUGACAAAUGCGACAUUAAAGAACUAUAGUGAAACUACUCAAAAGUACAAUGAGAGUGUGAUUUUGUCUAUCACCGAAGAAUAUAAGGCAUUAAUAAAUAAUACAAACACAACUACUAUUUCUCCUUUUUACAAUUAUACGACACAAAGUACAAUAAACCUCGAUGACACGAUGCUUAUAAUCACAGGAAGAACUACAUCUUCUGACGAGGACACGAAUAUUUGCGAAACAGGUCACUGCAAACAGAUUGCCAGCAAGAUGUUGUCUUACAUGAAUCAUACGGCCGAUCCUUGUGAAGAUUUUUACGAGUACGCUUGCGGUGGUUUCGAGGCGGAUCCGCAGUUGAUGGAUGGAAAUCUAAUUCAAAAAUCCAAAAAUUAUCAACGAAUUGCCAGACAGAUGUUAAAAGAGAAACACGAAAACAUGCACUCAAAUUUUGCAACGUACUAUGACAGUUGCAUACAAUACGAGAGAAAUUUUAACUUUAACGAAAGAGUAGAAAUGGCAAAUAAUGCGUUAAAUGAAAUUGAAGAGCUUUAUAUAAAUGCCACAUGGGCUGUUAAUUAUGUAGAUUUCACUUAUUUAUUAGCGCAAUUAAUGUCAUAUCAUAGCGCACUUUUAUUUGAUGUCGUGCCAGAAUUGGAUGAAUAUCGUCCAAAUAGUUUUACACUUAAGAUAGGACCUACAACAUAUGAGAGUCCUUUCAAAUAUAUGGAGGAAGAUCCAUGCUUCGAGAGUGACAUUGAGACGGAAGGACAUUACGUGGAUCUUGAAAUUUUGUAUAAUAAUUAUAAAAGAUGCAAGAGUGAUACAAGAGAAUUUAUAAAGUCCAUUAAGGAAGCUCUAAUAGUGUUUAAUGUUUUUAAAAAUUUAAAUGAUAGUUACGAAGAAAGAUUGAAAAGAAUAGAGGAAACCAUCCAUGUGAUCGACACUGUUCUAAUACAAGGAUAUUUUUCGCAUUUUCCAUCCAAAAGUGAAAUACGGGAAGCAUAUAUACUGAAGGAUUACAGCAAAAUAAGUUUAGACGAAUUGCAAAGCAAUAGCACUUUUGUAAAUUGGACGCAAUUAAUUCAUUCACUAACAGGAAUGUAUAUAAUAACUAGUGAAGCUAAUAUCCAAGUUUAUUUUCACUCUGCAUUAGUUAAAGGUUUACAAAUAUUAGAGAAAUUCAGCAAAGAGGAUCCUGUAGGACUUAAAAAUGCGAUAAUAGGAUUAUAUGCACAUAAACUUUAUCACGAGUUAGUGCUGCCAAGACGUAAUAAUGUGAAAGAUCAUUGUCUGCAUAUUACUACCUAUCUCCUACAGCUGGAAGCAUCCAGUUUAUAUAUAUCUUCCUUUACUGAUCAUGAAAUAGCACAAAUGAAUAAAAUGACGGAAAAAAUGUUCAAUGAGCUAAAACGAACGCUAAAGAUAAAAACUGAAGAAGCGCAAUGGGCCAGAGAAGAAGGACGACAAGAAUUGUUGAAGAAAAUCGAUAGUCUCGAGCUUGCACUGCCUGUUAUUUCGUACUUCAAGAAUAGAGACUUGUUAUACAAUGAAUAUAAUGUGCCACAGAUAAUUUUGUAUGACAAUUAUUUCAAUAACUCGAUGACUCUGUUGAAAAGAUACAGAACUUUAAUAUAUACCGAAUUAAAAAGAAAAGUCGGCGAUCCGAAACAAAUUUGGACGUAUUAUGCGACGCCAUUCCAGUCGAAGGCGCAAGCGAUUUACGGCCUGAAUCUUGUCGUGAUUCCUUAUGGUAUCAUCGAUUGGUCCUUGAUAAACGACGAACUCUCCUUCGAUUAUCUUCUGCUGGCGACACUUGGAAAUUUAAUAGCACAUCAGAUCGCCCAUCAUUUCGAUGCAAAUGGUAUACACUAUUGGAACCAAACCAGGAAUAUUCAAGACUCUUUGAUGUAUGAGAACGAAUUCACGGACACAAACUUUGACGAUUAUAUCAACUGUCAAAAGGAAAAUUUAUAUCAAGAACCUAUGAACAUGACAUUAUCCUUCACUGAGCAGACGGUGUCAUUUAUGAUUCCGCGGUUGACCUUGAACGAGCGGUUGUCUGAAAUCAUGGGACUCAGAUUAGCCUAUGAUACUUUGGCUCUUAUAAGAUCGAAUGCAGAGAGGAGGACAAAACUUCCAUGGAUAAAACUCCACAUCGACCAAUUAUUCUAUCUCGCCUACGCUCAGACAUAUUGCACGAAGACACCACUUACGUCGUCGUACAUCUCUUUGCAUGAGAGCGAGGACUUGCCAAACCGAAUUCACGUGUUCGUCUCUGCAUCGAACAAUAAACUCCUCGCCGAAGCGUGGAAUUGCCGAGUGGGUUCGCAGAUCGCGCCCAAUGAUGUUUGCAGUGUCUUUCCGUAUAUAGAUUUCAAGGAGACCGCCAUACUAUCAGUGUGAAAACCAUUCGCGAAAAAUGUGACUGAACGUACAUCCGCGGACGUUGCGAUCUUAUCCAGUAUAGACUCUCAGUCAGUCUACAAAUAUUCACGACGCAAACUGAAAGACUAAAUAGAUAGAUACAGAAACGAAAUUCACGUUUGUUUGUUGGUUUUACAAGAUUCACAAGUAAACGAUAAUGUAUAAUGCCUAAUAUAUAGCUUCGAACAAACGACUGGAUUUUUUGUUAGGAAUUAAGAAUAUUAAGUAUUUUCUUUUUUAGUUUCGAUACAUGCUGAUACUUCGAUACAUGUAAGAGUAUAUCUUUAAUUCAAUCUUAUAUAAAAAAAAGUUAAAAAACGUGUGUUUUGCUUCUGUAUCUCUAAAUUUGUACAUAGAGAUUCUUAUUCGCGUAUACAAGAAAAAUAUGUAAUGUGUCUUAAAUUUAAAAGCAGUAUUUCGGUGAAUUUGUCAAGCGCAUUCUUUGCGAGAUAAAGUUACAGCUAUGUCAAAUGAAAACAAAUAGAAACAUAUUUGGAGAUGAA